UUGCUGGUGUGACGCUUCGUUGUUUCAUGUGUUGAUGUCAAAGGAAGUGAUCGUCUUCGAUUGGUGUCUGAAGCUGCUCCAGUCAAUUCACAUUCAAUUCUGAAGUCUUUUUUUCUUUGGGACCUUUGGCGCACUGUGGACUCCAGCCCUUCCUUCCAGGCUUCUCUCUGGUCUUCAGCGCGCCUGCAGGUGAUCCCAGCGCCAUGUCUCGGCCCCGCCCUCCUCCGCUGGUCACCGGCAUCUCGCCCAAAGAGGGCGCCGCCUGGACCAAAGUCACCAUCCGAGGAGAGAACCUGGGCACCGGCACGGCGGACCUCGUCGGUCUGUCCAUCUGCGGCCACAGCUGCCUGCUGACAGCCGAGUGGAUGUCAGCCAGUAAGAUCGUGUGUCGCGUGGGUCCAGCCAAGGACGACAAGGGCGAGAUCAUUGUCACCACCAAGUCCGGCGGCCUGGGAACUUCCACCGUGUCCUUCAAGCUGCUGCGACCCGACAGAAUCGGGAUCCUGGACCAGUCGGCCGUGUGGGUGGACGAGCUCAACUACUACGACCUGAGGAGUGACCGCAACAAGGGCAUGUCGCCACUCUCGCUGAGGCCCAGCAACCCGCUCGGCAUCGACCUCGACAGAGGGAAGGUCCCGCAGAAGGACCUGGAGCAGACCUUCCCGGGGAUGAGUGGCGACUUCACCAGUGAGAACUUCUCCGCCACUUGGUACCUGAUCGAGAACCACGCGGGCAGCAGCUUCGAUCAUCUGAAGGUGGCAGCCAGUAACCUGAAGAAGCAGGCCACCAAGAAGAACGAAGGCAGUCUGGCCUACGUCAAAGGAGGCCUCAGCACCUUCUUCGAGGCUCAGGACGCCCUGUCAGCCAUCCACCAGCGGCUGGAGUGCGACGGCACGGAGCGAGUGGAAGGUUCCAUGACGCAGCAGCUGGAGAACAUCCUCAACAGAGCCAGUGACACAGCCGACACGCUCUUCCAGGAAGUACUGGGCCGGAAGGACAAGGCCGACUCCACGCGCAACGCUCUCAACGUCCUGCAGCGCUUCAAGUUCCUCUUCAACCUGCCGCUCAACAUUGAGCGCAACAUCCAGAAGGGAGACUACGACGUGGUCAUCAACGACUACGAAAAGGCCAAGUCCCUCUUCGGCAGCACUGAGGUCCCCGUCUUUAAGAAAGUGUACGCCCAGGUGGAGCUGAGGAUCCGAGGGCUGAGGAGCCUCCUGCUGGAGAAGCUGCUUCAGACGCCGUCCACGCUGCUGGACCAGAAGAGAUACAUCAGGUACCUGUCGGACCUGCAGGCCCCCGGGGACCCAGCCUGGCAGUGUAUCUACGCCCAGCACAAGUGGAUCCUGCAGCUGAUGCAGGACUGCAGAGAGGAGUUCCUGGACAGCCCCCGAGCUGGGACCCCUCAGCAGGUCCAGUUUGUGGAGAAGCUGUCGGACGUGGUGGUGGGGCAGCUGCCCAACUUCUGGAAGCUGUGGAUCUCCUACGUGAACGGGAGCCUGUUCAGCGAGACGGGAGAGAAGUCCGGUCAGGUGGAGCGCUCCAAGAAGAACGCCCGGCAGAAGCAGAACGACUUCAAGAAAAUGAUCGAAGAAAUGACCCGGCGGCUGGUGGGGCUGGUCCGCGGCGCCGUGCUGCCCGCCACCCUCCCGCCGGCCGAGCGCGGCCUCUGCGGUGGCUGGGAGGGCCGGCCAGAGCUGAGUGGCGCCUGGCUGACCCGGAUCAUCCGCACCGUCAGGAGCUGCCACGACGCCCUGUCCGCCCUGGAGAUCCCCAACGACCUGCUGCAGGUGAUCCAGGACCUGCUGCUGGAGCUGAGGGUCCACUGCCUGAUGAUGACGCUGCUGCACACCAGCCGAGAUGUGGAGCAGCUGGCCCAGAAGGAGGACUGGACGCUGGACAGCCAGGGGAUCACCGGCCUGCCGGCCCAGCUGGAACAGUGCCUGGUUCUGAUGCUGCAGUCGCUGAAGGAGCCGCUGGAGGUGAAGCCCGGAGAGACCAACGUGCUGCAGCUGGACCAGGUCCAGGACCAGGCCUCCGAACUGGCCGUCGGCAUCAUGAAGGUGUUCGUCCAGUCUCUGGAGCAGCUCAGCAGGAGGCCGGACCACAGCCUGGCGCGCAGCGACAGCGCGGACCACUUCAGCAGCCCGGACCGCAGCUCCGGUCCCACCGCGGAGCAGCGGCUGCUCAUCGUCCUCAGCAACUGUCAGUACCUGGAGCGACACACCUUCCUCAACCUGGCCGACCACCUGGAGAGGCACGGCUUCACCGGCGCCGAGAAGAUCACGCGGGUGAGCCUGGAGGCCGUGCGGGAGCUGGACCGGACCCUGUUCGAGUCGUACAUCGAGCGGCGGGCCGACCCCAUCGCCGGCUCCCUGGAGCCCGGCAUCUACGCCGGCUACUUCGACUGGCGCGACUGUCAGCCGCCCGCAGGUGUGAGGAACUACCUGAAGGAGGCGCUGGUCAACAUCAUCGCGGUCCACGCAGAGGUCUUCACCGUGUCCAAGGACCUGGUCCCUCGAGUCCUGUCCAGGGUGGUGGAGUCGGUGGUGGAUGAGAUGUGCCGACUGAUGCAGUGUGUGUCGUCCUUCAGCAGGAACGGAGCUCUGCAGGCCCGUCUGGAGCUGUGCACCCUGAGGGAUGCCGUCGCCGCGUACCUCAGCCCCGAGAGCAGCAGCAGCUUCCAAGUGGCUCUGGAGUCGCUGCCUCAGCUCCACAGUGGAGGAGACAAGAAGUUGAUGGAGGAGCUGCAGAACAAGUUCAAGAGCAGCAUGCAGCUGCAGCUGGCCUGUUUCCAGCCCUGCAGCCUGCAGCCGCUGAAGAGGACCAGCUGGACCGGACCGGACCAGAACCAGGUGAAGAGGAGGCAUGUCGGCGUUGACCGUUUGCAGGAGAGCGCCAUGGAACAAGAGGCUCCAGGCGAAUCUGCGACGAUGCUCGGCGGUGUCGGGGCGUCUGCGGGUCAACGGCGUGGAUCUGUUCUACGAGCGGGUGGGGCGGGGCGACCACGCCCUCCUGCUGCUGCCCGGAGCGCUGGCGCUCGGACCGACUUCGGGCCGCAGCUCAAGUGUCUGGAUCAGAAGCGCUUCACCGUGGUGGCCUGCGACCCCCGGGGCUACGGGCGGUCCCGCCCCCCCGAGCGGGACUUCCCCCCGGACUUCUAUGAGCGCGACGCGCGCGACGCCGUCGCCCUGAUGAAGCUCCUGGGCCUGGGCUCCUUCUCGCUGCUGGGCUGGAGCGACGGCGGCAUCGCGGCUCUCAUCGCCGCCGCCAGGAACCCCGACCGGGUCCGGCGGCUGGUGGUGUGGGGCUCCAACGCCUAUGUGACCCAGCAGGACCUGGACCUGUACGCCGCUGUCCGAGACGUGUCGCGCUGGAGCCCCAGGAUGAAGGCGCCGAUGGAGGAGAUGUACGGAGCCCGGCUGUUCGCCAGGACCUGGGAGGCCUGGGUGGACAGCAUCGCCCAGUUCGCCCGGAGGCCGCAAGGCAGCAUCUGUGUGGACCUGCUGCCUCUGAUCUCGUGUCCCACGUUGGUGGUCCAUGGUGAGAAGGACCCCAUGGUGCCCAGCUUCCACGCUCACUUCCUGCUGCAGCACAUCGCCGGGUCCAGACUCCACCUGAUGCCCGAGGGGAAACACAACCUGCACCUGAGGUUCUCCAGCCAGUUCAACCAGCUGGUGCAGGACUUCCUGCAGGAGUGAGGCACCUGGCAGCUCCAGGAAGCUGCGCCGGCGUCGUGGUGCUCCUGCUCUGAUGGAAGAAAAGACUGGUCCUGGUCCUCUGGUCUGACGCGUCAUUUACUCAGUCAUGAUGAUGAAAUAUUUGCCAAAAGAAUAAAGUCUGUUCUGGAGUCCAUUA